AUGUGGGUGGCGAUAUUGGUAUUCGGACGGUAUCCGAACUUUAGCGCCGCGAUCAGCGGGUGCAGGAAAGGACCCUCCUCCUCCUCCUCCUCCUCCUCCUCCUCCUCCUCCUCCUCCUCUCGACCGCUCAAGACAGGACGCUCAAGAGAGCGCCAGAAAGCCUCAAGAGAGCGCCAGAAAGCCAGAAAGGACGAGCAGCGGCAGCUGGCGCUGGCGUUGCUCCGCGAGAUGCGGGAGGCAGUGCUUGAGCCCAACGCCAUUACCAAUUGCAGCGCCGGAGUCAGCGUGCGCGGGAAGGGCAAUCAAUGGCAGCAGGCUCUGUUGCUGCUUAGCGAGAAGUGGUAG